UGUGCGAGCGUUUGCUCUCCUUUCCGUCUCUAUUGCUUCGUCUAUCCGAUGCAGGACGUCAAUUGAGUACGAUGGCGGAGGCAGUCAAGGUGAUCGUUCGCUGCCGGCCGAUGAACAGCCGCGAGAACAAAAUGAACUGCGGCUGCGUCAUCGAAAUGGACAGCGCCGUGCGUCAAGUCGCGCUGAGAAAGCCGGGAGCGCCAGAGAUGGCGCCCAAAUUCUUCACAUUCGACGGCGUCUACUUCAUAGAUAGCACAACACAAUGGAUCUAUGAGGACAUCGCAUUUCCGCUCGUUGACGGCGUGCUGGAAGGAUACAACGGUACGAUUUUUGCCUACGGUCAAACGGGAUGCGGCAAGUCGUACACAAUGACCGGAGUGGUCGAUCCCCCGGAGCAGAAUGGGAUCAUACCGCGGGCGUUUGAGCAUAUCUUUGAGGCUGCCACUGUCACUGAAGAUACCAAGUUCUUACUUCAUGGGUCGUAUCUUGAAAUCUACAAUGAAGAAAUUCGGGAUUUGCUUGGGAGGAAUUCGAAGACGAAGCUGGAUUUGCAUGAGCAUCCGGAUAAGGGGGUUUAUGCGGAGGGUCUGACUCAUGUGCCUGUGCAUACUGUGGAAGAGAUCGCUUUGUUGAUGGACAAAGGCUCGAAGAAUCGGAGCGUUGGGGCGACGCUGAUGAAUAUUGAUUCGUCUCGGUCGCAUUCGAUAUUCACGAUUAGCAUCGAGACGUGCAAGCCGUGCGGGAAUCCUGAUGGAAGCGACCGGAUUCGGGCUGCAAAGUUGAAUCUCGUCGAUCUAGCGGGAAGCGAGAGGCAGGCGAAGACUGGUGCAAUCGGUCAACGAUUGAAGGAGGCAACAAAAAUCAAUCUGUCUCUUUCGGCUCUCGGGAAUGUCAUUUCUGCUCUGGUUGACGGCAAGGCUACGCACAUCCCGUAUCGUGAUUCGAAAUUAACUCGAUUGCUUCAAGAUUCUCUUGGUGGAAAUACGAAAACUCUUAUGGUGGCUUGUGUCAGUCCGGCUGACAACAACUACGACGAGACACUCAGCACACUGCGAUAUGCCAAUCGAGCGAAAAACAUCAAGAACAAGCCGAAGAUCAAUGAAGACCCAAAAGAUGCUCUUCUGAGAGAAUACCAGGAUGAGAUCAAGAAACUGAAGGCAAUGUUAGCUGGUCAGCUGCCUGUAAGUGAGCAAAUUCUGUUACCUCAACCAACAGUACCGAAUGUUGCUCCAGCUAGUGAUGUUGCAACCAGCAGAGAAUUAGAGGAGGAAACAGAGAGGUUGCGAUUGGAAUAUGAGUCACAACUGGCAGCCAUCAAGGCUCAGUAUGAGGCGGAGCAGAGUAGUAAUGUAAAACUGCAAGAAGAAAUGUCAUUAUUGAGAUCCGAGUAUGAGAGGCAGCUGAAAGAAGCGGAGGGUAAGUUUGCAGUUGAUCAAGUCAGUGGCACGGCAUCAAAUCAAAGUUCUAGUCUUACUGCGGCGACAACAGACAGCUCGGCAUUGGUGCAUUCUUUGGAAAUCUCUCAUUCUGUCACUGUUGGAGUGAGUGAAUCAAAACAGUCAAAUAUGGUGGUGAUACCUGAUGCCAUGGUAGCUCAGUCGGAGGGAGUAAAUGCUGCCAGUCUGGCUGUCGCUGUCGUAGAUGAAGUCUCUUUACUUCGUAAGUCUUCAGAAGCUCAUCCAGUCUUUGAUUCUCCUGUUUCAAAAGUGAUGCCUGCCAUUUCCAUGACAACGUCGGAGGCGCCAUCAACUGGUGCCCAGUUGCCUUUGUCUACAUUGGAUCAACCUAUUCCACCUCAAUUGCCUCAUUCUGCUCAAGACAUUGCCACUCUAGUUCAACAACACGAAGAGGCGAUGCGCAAAUUGCAAGCACUGAAUGCGCAGAUGGUUGGUGGCGAGAAAGUAGAGGAUGAGCAAGUGAAACAAAAGCUGAAGACAAGAAGAAAACAUGCUGACGAACGACGAUUAAGACUACAACAAGCUUUAGCAGACGAUGACAAUGAGGUAAUGGAGGGAAUCUAUGACUCGAUGCAAGGCAAGAUCAAUGUGAAGAGGAAACAGGUCGAAUCUAUUAAGCAACAACUUGAGUCUACAAAGCAGGAAGUUGAAGACAUUCAGUCGGAGUUUCAACGUGAUAGAGGAGACUAUCUUGAUGCAUUGAGAGAACGAGAACGUCUCAUUCAAUUUCAGGAGCAAUUUAUUGACAAAAUUCUUCCGUGUCUUCGUCGAGACUGCAACUAUGUAAAUCUCGAUAAAAUUCGAUUGGAAUCUAAAUGGAACGAUGAGAAACAAGAGUGGGAAAUGCCGGCUUUGGUUGUGGCUCGCACGGUACUGCCUGCUUCUAGUGUGAACGCAUUGGGGCCUCGGUUGACCAACCGACCACGGGAGAAGUCAUUGAGUCCUCACUCUUUGCAUACAGAGGUGCCAAGUCAGAUGUCGAGACAAGCAGUCAGUGACGGUCAGGUUGGCUUCUCUCCUUCUCCUCCUCCAGAAGGUGACACAUUCACACAGCGAAUCAACCGAGCAUCUGAGUCGGACUAUUUUAGAUCUAGACGUGCAGCAAAACUGUUGUCCGAGAGUUCUAAUUAUGCCACUGGUGACCCGAUAUCUCCUGCUCGGAGUGUUGCUCCAUUUCAGAUUAACUCACAAAAGACAGCGCCACUGAAUGCAAAGCUGUCGGGGCCGAUGGAUCCCUCUCUGAUGAGAUGGCCGAGGCAAUUAGAGUCACUCUCGAGUCAAAAUUCGUUAGGGGUGGCGAAUGGUGUGGCCCCAGCUCUUUCUCUUGGAAAUGCUCAUCAAAUACAAGAACGGAGACGAUCGAAACAGCUGAGGAAGCUUGAUCCAAUACAAGGCCAGAAGCCGCCACCGUCGUUGUAGAUAUUGAUGUCUUUGUUAAUAACUAGUUGUCAUAUUAACCAGAUGAUGAAUGAGUAUGAAGAAUAGUAUUGAAUGAACUGAAAUGAAAGGACAGCAAAAUGUAUGUAUUACUUGUACCUCUAUUGACAUGAAAUAUAUUAUGUUUUCUCA